AUGGCUGUACCCAAAACCGCCAUCCCCUCCUUGUCAGAAUGCCAGUGCCUCAUCUGUCUGGAAAUCCUAAUCGAGCCCGUAACGCUGCCUUGUAACCACACGCUCUGUAACCCAUGCUUCCAAUCGACUGUCGAGAAGGCGAGUUUAUGCUGUCCCUUCUGUCGCCGCUGGAUCUCUUCGUGGACCCGAUACCAUACCCGAAGAAAUUCUCUUGUCAACAUGGAACUGUGGGAAUUAAUCCAAAAACACUAUCCAAAGGAAUGCGCGCUUAGAAUUUCUGGGCAGGAAUCUGAGGAAAUCGUUGAUGACUGUCAGCCAGUUCGCUUAUUAAGUAGACCCGGGGAAUUGAGAAGAGAAUAUGAGGAGGAGAUAAGCAAGAUGGAGGCAGAGCGACGAGCCAGUGAGGAAGAAGAAAACAAAGCCAGUGAAGAAUACAUACAGAGAUUAUUAGCAGAGGAGGAAGAGGAGGAAAAACGACAGGCAGAAAAAAGGCGAAGAGAGAUGGAAGAACAACUGAAAAGUGAUGAAGAACUAGCAAGGAAGCUAAGCAUUAAUAUUAACAAUUUCUGUGAUGCAAGUGUCUUGGCUUCUCCCUCGAAUUCCAGAAAAUCUGCUACAGUCACAACCAAGUCUCAAAAGAAAAGUAAGAACAAACAAACAAACACUGGAGAUAUUCAUAAGUAUUUGUCACCUAAAUCUCAGUUUGAGUCAGCAUCACAGUUUGAAAUUGUACAAGAAAGGAGGAAGCACUCCACGUCUAAGGAAACUGACAGUAGUGUUGUAAAGACCCCUACAUGGCAAGAUACAGAAAUUGAGGAAGAUAUGCCAACCCUUUCUCAGCAAAUAUGCGUGGAAAUUCAAGAACAAGGUGAAAAGUCUUCAGAGUCACCUAUGCCUCAGUUAUCUGCCAAUGGUGGAGAAUGGUGCCUUGAAGGAGAAGUCAAAGUGAGACCAACGAAUGAUGAUAAAGAGUUAAGUGUCCUAAAUCAUGAGGCACCUGAAGGCAGAGUUCCCUGCUCUGGGGAAGCUGCAGUUAAGCCUUAUGGCAAAACAGAGAGUGGGUGCCCUAUAUCAGGUAUGACACAGAAAUUUGGAAGUAAUACAGCUGAGACAGAAAAUGAAGAGUCUUGUCCAUCGAUCAGUAAACAUACUUCCAAAAGAAAAAACCCAGUCUUUGAAGCAGUCAGGGAUCCAUGCAUUUCUGCAAAAAGAAGGAAAAUGUUCCCCAAAGCUUCCUCAGAUCAAGAGGAAACCAAAACCAACUUUACCCCAAAACUGAUAGAUUUGGAACACUUACUUUUUGAGAGACAUAAACAAGAAGAACAGGAUAGGUUAUUAGUGUUACAUCUUCAGAAAGAAGUGGAUAAAGAACAAAAGAAGCCAAACCAGCAAAAAGGAUCCCCACAUGAGUAUCAUCUACGUCCUACAUCUUCACCUCCAGACAAAUUGUUAAAUGGACAGAGGAAGAAUUCCAAAGAUAGGAACUUCAAACAAGAGACUGAUACAGAGCAUUCAAAAUCUCAGAGGGGCUCAAAAAACGAAAAUUGGCAGCCGUCUUUUAAGAUCCAGUUGAAACAUUCAGUUAAUGGGAGAAAGAUGCCAAAUUCUUCUAGAGAUAAUUGUAAUGUAUCUAAAAGUUCCCUACAGCCUAGUAAGUCACAGAAAAGUAUUUUUCAGAUGUUUCAGAGAUAUACAAAGUAAUGCAUGGGGAGAAGGAGUUUUUUAUAAUCUAGUAAAGCUGGAUUAUGAAGCUCUGUCUUCUGUCAUAGACUCUUCAUAAUGGUCACACUCAUUGUCUAUAAAGGACUGUGUGAUUACAAGGGAGGACUAUAUAAAUGUGUUUCUGCCAAACUCAGUGAUAAGCAGGAGUCCCAAUCCUUUGCUUUUUUAAUAAUUGUGAUGUACUAAGUUUGACAAUCCUUACGGAUAUUAAAAUGCUUUGGUGAACUCCCAAGAAAUCUUCAAGUGCCAUUCUGUUUCCCCAAAAUGCAUGUUUUACAGCCUUUGCUUCCCUUCUUGUCCUAACCAGUAAUCAAAGCAAGAUGGUACUGUACUGAGUAGUUAGGAACCCAGGCAGGGUGAGUUUUCUUGCCACUUUCCCAUAUAUUUGCAGAGCACUUGAAAUGCAUCUUCCGUAACACUAAAGUAAUCUAGUUUUCAUCUCCACUUUAAUUAUUUUAACCAUUAUAGCAUUUUCUUCAAUUUAAAAUGGUUUAUAAUCACUGUGAAAUCAGAAAAAUCAGUUUCCUGGAAAAUUAGGAAUCAGUUGACAGAAAGGAAACUAGGCUCUUGAUGCAAAAGGAGUUAAGAGUUGGGGUGCAGCUCU